AUGAGCACUUCGAGGAACUACCCCUACACAGAGGAUGCGUACGCCACCCUCCCCGGCGGGUCCAGCAAUCGUUCCGACAGCAGCCCCACAUCGACACCGCCGUCUUCACUCCUCAGUUACGCACUCACACGCCCCACUUCGGAUCCACCAACCCGUUUAGCUCUCCUCGCUCAUCCAUGGGCUCGUCUGGGAGGAAGCAAGGAUGAUCAUGUCGUCGUUGGGGUGACGAGCGCUCUGGUCAAGGAAGGGUAUGCGGUCUGUCGGUAUGAUGCAAGAGGCGCCGGAGGCAGUGUAGGUGUGGGGGCUACUUGGACGUGA